AUGUCAACCGAGCCUACGAAGAACAGGGGCGCUGGCCUCACGGACGGCGCAGUGGAGAUAUUCGCCCCAAUGACGCUGGCGGCACAUUCGACCUACCCUAUCUUCUGUGCCAGCCCGAUUCUACUUCACCUACCGAACGCGAAGCCAACACGCCUCCACUCUUCCGCUCCAAUCUACAUCACUGCCGAAAACCCUGUUUACAUCGUCCCGACGACGCCUCCGGGGCCCACCUUCGCGGCCGGAUGGGAUAAGCUGUCCGACGAGCUCAAGGUGAUGAUUCUUCAAAAUAAUCUCGUCCUCGAUCACUCAAUACGCGGCGACGCAUGGAACGAGGAUGUUGCCCACGCACUCUUCCCCUAUUUGCGCAUGACGCCCGAGAUUGCUGGGCUCGCUAAGGAGAUCUUCUACUCGAAGAACACAUUCGAGAUACUGCUAUUCUUUCUACGAUCGCCCCACCGAGAUGAGGAAUGGGUCCUCAAGGCUCCGUCAUCGCCAUUCAGGGAAAUAAUACGCCGAAUAGAGCUUAUGACAGAGUUCUGGCCAGCACCGUUUUGCAUCUUUCCUCAUCUGGCAGACUAUCAAUCGGCAUUCCCUGCCUUGCAGCACAUCCACAUCAUAUGCAGAGUGACCCAUGCACUCAACGAUAGGGCAUUCGGCCAACUCUUAUACGAUUUCUCGCUUGCGACAGGGAAGGUAAAGCUACCCAAAAUGGAGUUUGCACACCCAGGCCAAUUGGAUGUGGUCAGCGGGCCUAAUAUCUCGCCGGCCAACCGCAAGCGAGCACUGGAAAUACUGAAACAAAAGAUCACGUUCGCUGCGAAGGUGGUAGGGAAUUGA